AUGGCAGCAGCUGUAAAACCACAAUUUGUACCAGCAUUGAAAAGAUUGGUUCCAUUAUUCGAUAGAGUUUUAGUACAAAGAGCUGAAGCUGUUACAAAAACCAAAGGUGGAAUUGUAAUACCAGAAAAAGCUCAAUCGAAAGUACUUCAUGGUACUGUUGUAGCUGUCGGUCCAGGUUCUAGAAAUCAAAAUGGCGAAUUCAUACCUCUUGCCGUGAAAGUAGGAGAUAAAGUUUUAUUACCAGAGUACGGAGGCACAAAAGUCGAAUUGGAAGAAAAUAAAGAAUUUCAUCUUUUUAGAGAAUCUGAUAUUUUGGCCAAAGUAGAAUAG